AUGAAGGUCCGUCUCUUCGUCGUAUGUUUGGUAAUCAUUGCGUUAAGUAAGAGCUUAACUCUACUCAGUAAUGAAUAAAUUGUUUUUAGCGCGCAACGCGACCGCUGCACCGGAGCCCAGCCCCGAGCCACAAUUGGCGAAAGUGGCGGCCAAAGUCGCUGGGCAGGUCCUGAAGUGGGGCGCCUACAUACUAGCAUCUCUUCCAUGGGGACGUAAGAAAGAAAAACCACCCCUAAAUCCUAGUCAGUUGGGAUACCCGGGUGCUGGAUAA